AUGCGAAGUGGUCAAAAACAACCUUUGAUAGAACCACCUGACAACCGGACAUUCUUUUGUUUGACAGAAUUAUCAUUUCUGAUUAUUAUUUUGAUAAAUACAAAAGAUGACGAGUUAUUUGGCUUUUAUGAGACUGAUGGCGAUGAUAUCAAAACUGUCCCAGUUUAUGCUCUUUUUGAACGAAUUGGUGAAGAAAAACUCGGAUACUUUCAGCGUGAAGUGCAUCUCCAAAAUUACCAAAUUCAAAACCUUAGACAAAUUACUCGUAAAAUAAGUAAUGUAAGGAUUUUGUAUAAUAAAACUACCGAGUAA